AUGUUCAGCCCGGAUUCAGAUUAUGAGGUGGAGGAGGAAACUAUCCAAGCGCGGCUCCUUCCUUCCGCCGAACAAACUCUCGACCAACUGGAGGCAACGCGCGAGCUGGCAGAUCACCAGGGAGCAAACCGGGGCGUCUUCAAGUGGCUGGACGGUGUGGAAACCCAGCCAGUAGGUUAUGGCUCUCAUCAGCUGCUUCUGUGGGACGGUCAUCUUCCUCACUCCUGGGUUGCCCUGGCGCUCUUCAGUCUCCUCGUGUUUACGCUGGGCUUCGCUGCUGGCUGCUUCCUUUAG